CGCGGCGGAGGGAUUCCGCGCGCAUACGCUUCGGCUGCUGGGCGCGCAGUUUGUGGCGCCAGAAUUCAGAGCGCGGGAGCGCCUGAGGAGCAUCCUCCGGGGCUCAGGACCUCUCUUCCCUCUGGCCACGGGUUCCGGCUUCUACAGCCGGACACGAUGGUGGUCCUCCGCAGCAGCCUGGAGCUGCACAAUCGCUCCGCCACCUCUUCGGCCACCGACCCUUUGGACUUAUCGAGCGACUUCCUCAGCCUGGAGGACAGCGGCCGGAGGCGGUCCGGCUUGACCCGAGCCGCGGAGAAAUCUAGGGUGCCCACGGCGGCGGCGGCCAAGGGCGGUGGAUCCUCAGUUAAGGGAGCUGAAAUCUACCACAAAAAGCGUUCUUUAAGGUCUUUGAGCAAAAAAGCACAGAUUUCUUCAGAUUCUAGUUUUGAUAAGAGUAUGGACGGAACACAGAAACACUCGAAUGGCAGACAUUUCACAAGGCAAUUGGCUCGACAGCAAGCUGAUAAAAAAAAGGAAGAAUGCAAAGAUGAUAAAGUUGUUUCGGUUACUCACUCAUUGAGGAGUAGAAACAUUGUUCCAAGUACAGAACAUUUGCAUGAACAGAAUGGAGAUGUUGAAGUUCGAAGAAGUUGUAGGAUUAGAAGUCGUUACAGUACUGUGAACCAGUCUGUGCUAUUUGACAAGCUUAUAACAAACACUGCUGAAGCUGUACUUCAAAAGAUGGAUGACAUGAAAAAGAUGCGUAGACAUCGAAUGAAGAAACUUGAAGAUUUGGGAGUGUUCAAUGAAGCAGAAGAGAACAAUCUUAAGAUGUACACAAGAGGAAGACGAAAAGCUAUUCAACAAGCUGAUGAAGAAACAACUGAUAACCAAGAUGGCAGUGCGGAAUCCUCUGAAGAGGGUGAAGAGCAAGAGGAUGAUGAUGGUGAAGAUGAUGAAGAUGAAGAAGAAGAAGAUGAAGAAGAAGAUAAUCAAAAACGGUACUAUCUAAGGCAGAGAAAAGCAACUGUUUACUACCAGGCCCCACUGGAAAAACCUCGACACCAGAGAAAGCCAAACAUAUUUUAUAGAGGCCCAGCUUCUCCUGCAAGACCAAGAUACCGAUUAUCUUCUACAGGACCAAGAAGUCCCUAUUGUAAACGAAUUAACAGGCGAAGGCAUGCAAUCCACAGUAGUGACUCUACUUCCUCUUCCUCUUCUGAAGAUGAGCACUUUGAGAGGAGAAGGAAAAGGAACCGAAAUAGAGCUAUUAACAGGUGCCUUCCACUAAAUUUUCGGAAAGAUGAAAUAAGAGGGAUUUAUAAAGAUCGAAUGAAAAUUGGAGCAAACCUUGCUGAUGUUGAUCCAAUGCAACUAGAUUCUUCAGUGCGAUUUGAUAGUGUUGGUGGCCUGUCCAGUCACAUUGCAGCUCUAAAAGAGAUGGUGGUGUUUCCCUUACUUUAUCCAGAAGUCUUUGAAAAGUUUAAAAUUCAACCUCCAAGAGGUUGUUUGUUUUAUGGGCCACCUGGAACUGGAAAAACGCUGGUUGCUAGAGCACUUGCCAAUGAGUGCAGCCAAGGAGAUAAAAGGGUGGCGUUUUUCAUGAGGAAAGGGGCCGAUUGUCUGAGCAAAUGGGUAGGAGAAUCUGAAAGACAACUACGAUUGCUGUUUGAUCAGGCCUAUCAGAUGCGCCCAGCAAUUAUAUUCUUUGAUGAAAUCGAUGGUCUGGCUCCAGUACGAUCUAGCAGGCAAGAUCAGAUUCACAGUUCUAUUGUUUCAACCCUGUUAGCUCUUAUGGAUGGUUUGGACAGCAGAGGAGAAAUUGUGGUCAUUGGAGCUACCAACAGACUAGAUUCCAUAGACCCUGCUUUACGAAGGCCUGGGCGAUUUGACAGAGAAUUCCUUUUCAGUCUACCUGAUAAAGAAGCUCGAAAAGAAAUUCUGAAGAUUCAUACAAGAGAUUGGAAUCCAAAACCACUGGACAUCUUUCUAGAAGAAUUAGCAGAAAACUGUGUUGGAUACUGUGGUGCAGAUAUUAAGUCAAUAUGCGCUGAAGCUGCUUUAUGUGCCCUGCGUCGACGGUACCCACAGAUCUAUACCACCAGUGAGAAGCUACAGUUGGACCUCUCUUCAAUUAGUAUCUCAGCUAAGGAUUUUGAGACUGCCAUGCAGAAGAUAAUACCAGCUUCCCAGAGAGCUGUGACAUCACCUGGACAGGCACUGUCUGCCAUUGUGAAACCACUCCUGCAAAAUACUGUUUGUAUGAUCUUAGAAGCCCUACAGAAAGUAUUUCCACACGUGGAAGCUGGAGCAAGCAAAGCUGUGAAUUCAGGAGUUUCUUGCCCUUUGUUAGAAAGUGAUUUGGCAUACAGUGAUGAUGACGCACCAUCCGUGUAUGAAAAUGGACUGUCACAAAAAACUUUUAAUCAGGCAAAAGAAAAUUUAAAUUUUCUUCAUUUAAAUAGAAAUGCCUGCUACCAACCUAUGUCUUUUCGACCAAGACUAUUGAUAGUGGGAGAACCAGGAUUUGGGCAGAGUUCUCAUUUGGCACCAGCUGUCAUCCAUGCUUUGGAAAAAUUUACUGUAUAUACAUUAGACAUUCCUGUUCUUUUUGGCAUCAGUACUACAUCUCCUGAAGAGACAUGUUCCCAGAUGAUUCGUGAAGCUAAGAGAACAGCACCCAGCAUAGUCUACGUCCCACAUAUUCACUUGUGGUGGGAAAUAGUUGGACCAACACUCAAAGCCACAUUUACGACAUUAUUACAGAAUAUACCUUCAUUUGCUCCAGUUUUACUACUUGCAACUUCCGACAAACCGUAUUUGGCUUUGCCCGAAGAGGUACAAGAAUUAUUUACCCAUGAUUAUGGAGAAAUUUUUAAUGUCCAGUUACCAAAUAAAGAAGAACGGACCAGAUUUUUUGAAGACUUAAUUUUAAAACAAGCUGCAAAGGCUCCUGUUUCAAAAAAGAAAGCAGUUUUGCAGGCCUUGGAGGUCCUCCCAGUAGCACCACCCCCUGAACCACGACCGCUGACAGCAGAAGAAGUUAAACGGCUUGAAGAACAAGAAGAAGACACAUUCAGAGAACUCAGGAUUUUCUUAAGAAAUGUUACACAUAGGCUUGCUAUUGACAAGCGAUUCCGAGUCUUUACUAAGCCUGUUGACCCUGAUGAGGUUCCUGAUUAUGUCACUGUAAUAAAGCAACCAAUGGACCUUUCAUCUGUAAUCAGUAAAAUUGAUUUACAUAAGUAUCUGACUGUGAAAGACUAUUUGAGGGAUAUUGAUCUAAUCUGUAGUAAUGCUUUAGAAUACAAUCCAGAUAGAGAUCCUGGAGAUCGACUUAUUAGGCAUAGAGCCUGUGCUUUAAGAGACACUGCCUAUGCAAUAAUUAAAGAAGAGCUUGAUGAAGACUUUGAGCAGCUUUGUGAAGAAAUUCAGGAAUCUAGGAAGAAAAGAGGUUGUAGCUCCUCCAAAUAUGCACCAUCUUAUUAUCAUGUCAUGCCAAAGCAAAGUUCUACUGGUGAAAAAAGAUCAGAUCAAGACCAGAAUGAAAAGCUAAAGGCGUCUUGUACUCCCAUGGCUUGCAGCACACCUGCACGAUUGAAGAGGAAAUUUCAUAAAAAGUUAAAGUGGCGUAUAGAUACCAAAAUAAAGCGAAGGAGAAUUUCACAAGCAAAAGACAGUAGCCAAAGUGAUUUGAAUAACCAAAUGGGGAGUGAUACAGAGGAAAGUCAACAUACAAGUGCAGAACACACUGAGCUUGGAAAUACAGGAGAGUCUUCUCUAGAAGAAAAUGACAAGCAAAAUGCCUCUGAAAGCAACAUGGACCUGAAAAAUAACUCAAGUACCUCUCAUAUUGAGAAUGAACUGGAAGAAUCUGAACAAACUACAGAUUGUACAAAAUUGAGGAUAGGUAGAAUUGAUUGCCAUGGAGAUGCUUCUAGCUCCCAGGUCAUGGACAUUCCCGAAGAAAAGGAGUCAAAGGAAAUGGGUAUUCUGCGAAUGACUCGAGCUAGACGUUCCCAGGUAGAACAGCAACAGCUUAUCAGUAUGGAGAAGGCUCUGGUGAUUCUCUCUCAGCCUACACCCUCACUUGUUGUGAACCAUACACAGUUAAAAACUCUUUUGAAGACUGUUGUUAAAAAAAGUCAAGAAUAUAAUAUAUUCCAACUAGAAAAUUUGUAUGCAGUAAUCAGCCAGUGUAUUUAUGAGCAUCGCAGGGACUAUGACAAAACAACACUUAUUCAGAAAAUGGAGCGAGCAGUAGAAAAUUUCAAUUGUUCAAGAUCGUGAUAUCAAUGCAUCAAGUAUUUUUAUAUUCAAUUACUAUUUAAUUGUCUUCAGAUAUGUCUGCAUAACUAAUGCAAGAUAAGAUGAAAUCUUGCAUCUUCAAGAAAAGAUUAAAACAGUAAAAGUAUUUUAAUAUGUACAUGUAGUAAGAUAAUUGGUAAGUCUUGGAUGCUUGAGCAAAGCACUGUAAUGGUAGUAAUUGACUAGAUCUUAAAGGUAUAUAGGUAAUUAAUGUUUUUUGACAUUUAAUAAUUAGUAACAUUGUAAUUUUUUGUUAGCUGAAGAAAUCUUAAUUUACCCUUCCUGGUAGGUUUUUGUAUCAGAAUUAUAUGUUGUAUUUUUGCUGUCUUUUUGGUUUCCUUUAAUGCCUUCUCCAUCUGCCAAAAUUCAAGUUGUGAUUUUCAAGAGGUCUUCAAUACAAUUCUGUAUUCUGUAUGUAAUAUAAAAGUUAAUGUCUUUAGAUAAACAUUUUUGUAAUUCUAAUUUGGGUUAAUAAAUAUUUUUAAAUGUAUCAUUUACUUUUGUAAUUACAUACACAACAAAUAUAUUAGUGACUAGUUUUUGUAUUUGACAACUGUUUAUCUUUCUACCAUUGUAUUUAGGUUAUAUUCUAUAAAUACUUUUUAUAUACAAAUAUAUGGCAAUAAAUACAAAUGUUGUAUUACUGAUAACAAAAAUUUCUCUUUCCUAACUGAAACCAUUUUGCUUCCAUACACUAUUCAAUGGGAUAGUCAAGCCUCUGCUUGCAGAGUAGCAUCUUUUGGAAAGCUUGUUU